GAAGUUACCGCCAUCUGCGAGUAUAUGAGAUCGCCCAAGGCGGCACAUCACUCUUUGGCGAAACACCCCUGGAACGUGCCGAAACGCGCAUGUGGCUUAGACGGAUGGAUCUAGAAAUCGCACAACCUGUCAUUUCAUGGGUCCGCAAUGAUCCGGACACUGCAGACUUUUAUAUAGGACAUCGAAUUCCUAUCCCGGAGGCGAGAUUGGCACAGAAGGUUACUAUUCAGCAGUAUCUGAACCUGCUGGAUGAGCAGUUGGAGGGAAAGAAGUAUCUUUGUGGGGAGAGGUUUUCGGCGGCGGAUGUUCACUUCUACAGUCUGACGAAGGGAAAGACCACAGGUAUGGCACCAUGGAUACUUCAUCCCGGGAGGAAGAAUGUUGUCAGAUAUUUUGAGAGGAUGGAUGCGAGAGAGGCUAGCAAGAAGGCUUUAGAGGUCUUUGGAGCAAGAGUUGAAGCUCAAUAGAUGAGUGUGAUGAAAUGAUCAUGAAUUGAUGUCCUUACUUUUUAAGGGAAAGUACAUGGAACAUAUAUUCAUGACCUCAAAGACGACCAUUUAGUUGAUCGAAAUACGAAUAAUCAAAAUAAAAAAGGCCCGAGAGUUUCUUGAAAUGGC